GAGAAGGAAGGAAGGGAGGGAGGGCGAGAUGGGGGGUCUCUUCUGUCUGCCCUGGUGAUGCCCCCCCUGGGGGAGGGGGAGGGGGAGGGAGGGGAGGGGGGGCCGCCCGGGCCCAAGGAAGGCCCCCCCCUUUGAGACAAAGACAAAGAGGGGGGGCAAGAGGAAGGAAGGAAGGAAGGGAGAAGCACAACAGGAAGAAGGUCCAGCCCCCGGAGCGCCUACCAUGGGCCGGCGGCUGCCCCCUCGGCCUCUGCUGCUGCUGCUCCUGCCCUCCCUGCUGUUCCUGGGGGUCCCGUCCGCGGCCCAGCCGGGGGCGGAGGAGUCGUGCCCGCCGCACUGCGUCUGCCAGAACCUCUCGGAGUCGCUGAGCACUCUGUGCGCGCACAAAGGCCUGCUCUUCGUGCCGCCGCACAUCGACCGCCGGACGGUGGAGCUGCGCCUGGCGGACAACUUCAUCCGGGUGCUGGAGCCGCCGGACUUCCUGAACAUGUCGGGGCUGGUGGACCUGACACUCUCGCGCAACACCAUCGACACGGUGCGCCCGCUGGCCUUCGGGGACCUGGAGAGCCUGCGCUCGCUGCACCUGGACGGCAACCGGCUGACCGCGCUGCCCGGCGGGGCGCUGCGGGGCCUGCUCAACCUGCAGCACCUCAUCCUCAACAACAACCAGCUGGAGGAGGUCCCGGCCGAGGCCUUUGACGACUUCCUGCAGACGCUGGAGGACCUGGACCUCUCGUACAACAACCUGCGGGGGGCCCCGUGGGCCGGCAUCCGGGCCAUGCCCAGCCUGCACACGCUCAACCUGGACCACAACCUGCUGGAGGCCGUCCCCGAGGGGGCCUUCGCCCAGCUCUACAAGCUCUCGCGCCUGGACCUCACCUCCAACCGGCUCCGGACGCUGGCCCCGGACCCGCUCUUCGCCCGCGCCAUGCCCGGGGUGGUCAGCCCCACGCCCUACGCCCCCACCGUCUCCCUCGGCUUCGGCGGCAACCCCCUGCACUGCAACUGCGAGCUGCUCUGGCUGCGGCGCCUGGGCCGCCCCGACGACCUGGAGACCUGCGCCUCGCCGGGGCACCUGGCCGGGCGCUACUUCUGGUCGGUGCCCGAGGAGGAGUUUGCCUGCGAGCCGCCACUCAUCACGCGGCACAGCCACCGGCUCUGGGUGCUGGAGGGCCAGCGGGCCACGCUGCGCUGCCGGGCGGUGGGCGACCCCGAGCCGGCCGUGCACUGGGUCUCCCCCGACGACCGCAUCCUGGGCAACUCCUCCCGCACGGCCUCCUUCCGCAACGGCACCCUGGACAUCCUGGUCACCACGCUCCGCGACGACGGGGCCUACGCCUGCAUCGCCAUCAACGCCGCCGGCGAGGCCACCGCCGCCGUCCACCUCCAGGUCAUCCCCCUGCCGCACCGGGGCAACGGCAGCGCGGCCGCUCCGCAGCCGGACCCGGGCUCCUCGGACAUCGCCUCCUCCUCCGCCGCCAAGGCCUCCUCGGCCUCCUCCGUGGGGAACGGGACCAGCGAGGGGGCCGCGGGUCCCGCCAGGCACGGCGUGGAGGUCUCCGAGGUGACCGCCACCUCCGCCCUCGUCCGCUGGACCCUGGACCCCUCCUCCGCCUUCACGGCCUGGAUGUUCCAGAUCCAGUACAACUCCACUGCGGACGAUGCGCUUGUCUACAGGAUCGUCCCGGGCGUCACGCGGCGCUUCCUCCUGCGGCACCUGGUGCCGGGUGCGGACUACGACCUCUGCCUGCUGGCCAUCUUUGAGGACGCGUCCACGGCGCUGGCGGCCACCCACCUGCUGGGCUGCGCCCCCUUCUCCACGCGGGAGGAGCCCUUCCCGGACUGCCGCGCCCUGCAGGCCCACUUCCUGGGGGGCACCCUGGCCGUCAUCGUGGGCGGCGUGGUGGUGGUCACCCUGCUGGUCUUCACCGUGGUCAUGAUGGUGCGCUACAAGGUCUGCGCCAGCGGGCGGGCGGCCGAGGUGGUGGCCCUGCCCAAGGUCACCCACGUCCACUCCCAGACCAACGGCGGCGGCGGCGGCGGCGGCGGAGUGACCCUCCCGCACAAGGCCCAGCGGCGGAGGCGGCCGCCCAAGGCCAAGGAGGGGGGCCGGACGGUGGGGCGGGGCAGACCCCCGGUCAGCAAGGCCCAGCGCAGUUGCUCCCUGGACCUGGGGGACGGGCCCCCCUUCGUGGCCCCCGCCACGGGUAGCGGCAACGGGUGCUGCUACGCCGCGCGGCUGAGCCGGGCCUGGAGCAAGCGCAGCCAGUCGGUGCAAGGCAUGCUGGGACAGGGGCUCUUCCCGGAGGAGGGAGGGGCACCCGAGGAGGAAAACACGGCUAUGGCCAAGGGGCUGGGACCCCUCCUCAACGCGGAGGACCUGGAGGAGAGCGUGGUGUAGCCGCCAAAGAAGAGUGGCCCCUCGGGGUCCUCUAAAAGGCCUUUGCCAACUUUGGGUGGGAGACCACCGACGACACUUCCCCCCUCGGGGCCAAAAAUGGUCGACCACGACCCCCCUCAAGGCUGGGAAUGAGCCCAAAGCGGGAGGGCAGAAAAGGAAGCCCCGUCUAUUUAUAAUAAGCAAAUAUAAUUUGCCAAAAAGGAAACAUGGGGAGAGGAAGAAGAGCCCCCUCCCCUUGGCCACCUCUCAAGGGGGGCCCCAGAGACGGACACAGGGGGGUCCGCCCGGGGGGUGUGUGAAUGGUGCUGGGGGUCGGAAACCAAACCAAAUGCGUUUACGAUGUGUAUAAAGUGGGAACUUUUUGCCAA